GCCGGGGCGCCGAGCAUGGGCGGCGGGCGCUGGGCCGCGGCGGGCGCGCUGCUGGCGCUGGCCGCCGGGCUCCUGGCCGCGGGCUCGGCCAGCGAGUACGACUACGUGAGCUUCCAGUCGGACAUCGGCGCCUACCAGAGCGGGCGCUUCUACACCAAGCCGCCGCAGUGCGUGGACAUCCCGGCCGACCUGCGGCUGUGCCACAACGUGGGCUACAAGCGGAUGGUGCUGCCCAACCUUUUGGAGCACGAGACCAUGGCCGAGGUGAAGCAGCAGGCCAGCAGCUGGGUGCCCCUGCUCAACAAGAACUGCCACAUCGGCACCCAGGUCUUCUUGUGCUCGCUCUUCGCGCCCGUCUGCCUGGACCGGCCCAUCUACCCGUGCCGCUGGCUCUGCGAGGCCGUGCGCGACUCGUGCGAGCCGGUCAUGCAGUUCUUCGGCUUCUACUGGCCCGAGAUGCUCAAGUGCGACAAGUUCCCCGAGGGCGACGUCUGCAUCGCCAUGACCCCGCCCAACGCCACCGAGGCCUCCAAGCCCCAAGGCACAACCGUGUGUCCUCCGUGUGACAACGAGCUGAAAUCGGAAGCCAUAAUCGAGCACCUCUGUGCCAGCGAGUUUGCCCUGAGGAUGAAAAUCAAAGAGGUGAAAAAGGAAAACGGCGACAAGAAGAUUGUCCCCAAGAAGAAGAAGCCCCUGAAGCUGGGGCCCAUCAAGAAGAAGGAGCUGAAGAAGCUGGUGCUCUACCUGAAGAACGGGGCCGACUGCCCCUGCCACCAGCUGGACAACCUCAGUCAUCACUUCCUCAUCAUGGGCCGCAAGGUCAAGAGCCAGUACCUGCUGACAGCCAUCCACAAGUGGGACAAGAAAAACAAGGAGUUCAAGAACUUCAUGAAGAAGAUGAAGAAUCACGAGUGUCCCACCUUCCAGUCGGUCUUCAAGUGAUUCUUGGGAGGUGGGGGGGGCGGGUUGGGGGGGGGGAUCCUGGGGUGAGGGGAGGGGAGGGCUGAGCGGAUGCCCCUGGACCCCUGGUGGUUCACCCCCCACCCCCUUGCUCCUGCGAGGUGGAGGGCGGCGUGACCCAGUUACUUUGCAGCAUCCUUGACCCUCCCGCCUUCCCCAGGCUCCAGCCCCAACCAGGUAGAGCCGAUAUUUAAAGCCGCAUGCCCAGGUGAGAAACCCACUUAGAUUAGGAAGCUUCUCAAGACCUACAAGUGGAGCAGCACGUCCCCGGGGGGGAAAGGGAGAUUUCAGGCCGGCCGGGUCCACGGGAGACACAGUCACUAAAAAAGGCAAUGAUGCCAGCCCAGAAGGGGGGCUGGCGGCCAGAGCUAGUGAGGACAGCAGACGCUAGCUUCCACCACGCUCUCGGUGUCACUGCAAACCAUGUGUGGACCUAUCAGCUAGUCUAUGCCGUUGGAACUAGAACCUUCUAACUCUUGGCAAAAUGCAUGGCUUUCCAUUCCAGAGGAAUUUUCUCUUUCUGUCCAUUGUUCAGACAGAAACCAACACACCACCACACUCACCAUGAAGAUCAGCUCCGGAGAGUGACUGGUGCAGGGACAGGGAGCUUGAGAAAUAGCCCAAGGGAGUGCAGUGCCUGGCCCCACCCUCCGUGUGGUCCUUGACAUGGACCAGCCUGUCUCGGAUGCCCUGGAGGUGGUUACCAUCAGACCCAGCCGUGAUCUCGCCUCCUGACACGUGGAAGGCCGCACAGGCCUGCCUUGGGUGACAGAGGUGAUGACUCAUAGACUGGGAAGGCAAUUGUUAGUGGUUUUCAAAAAAAAAAAAAACAAAACCAAGUUAAAGGAGAAAAACAGAAAAAAAAAAAAAAUUUAGAACAGUCCAGCAUAUUGCUAGUCUAGGGCCAACUGUCACUGGGUGAAGAGCUUAUUAAUCUAAUUCUCUUGUUUGUUUGUUUCACAUUGUUUUAAAGCAAUCAACAAACCCACUGACUCUUCAAGGUUCCUUUUUGUUUGUUUAAAAAAGUCGCCAUGGAGCAUUUGGAAAGGUGUGGCAAGAUGGGGGACUCUGCAUGCCUUUGAGGUCACUUUCUAGCUGAGCAACUGUCUUCCUGGGUAUUUUCUGUGCUGGGUGGAUUCUCCUGGAAGCGUAGCUGUGGUUCUCCUUCCUGAGGGCUUCUGGGUCACCCUGGGCUCAACACAACACUAAUCUAAACUCACAGUGCGUCCCACUCCCGUCUUUCUUGUGAAGAAUGGAUUCCUUUGAACUCGAUUGCCUAGAGAUCAGAGACAUUCAGAAUAGCCUGCCUGCCUGUGCUCCUGCACUUAACAAAAUAUUUUGUUUUCAUUUCUGCAGAGGGAAAGUUAAGCUAUAAAGGUCCCCAUUCCAAGGAGGGAAUUUAGAAAGCAAAGCAACUGCGGUUUUUCCCCGAGGGCCCUAAGAUAAUUCUCACAGCCGUUGUGUUAAUAAGUGAUGUACAUAAACCCAUUCAUGGAAGCAACUUGAUUCCUCUCGUUCAAUGUAUAGGAAGCAAUUCCAAAAAAAAAAAAAAAAAAGUUAAUGUUAAUUUCUUCCUCACGUCAGAUUCUUAAUUCUAUGUAACACCUUGAGAACUUCAGUGAUUGUCCCUCUGGGUGAAUCUGAUGCUGCACUGGGACUUGGACUCAUCAACCCCAUGGCUCAUUCUGUUAACUUCCUAAACUACAGCCUGAAAACCAGCCUGCCAACCUCGUUACCUACUUGAGGGUUAUCCUGAUCUAAUGAACCCCUGACAAUUAGUGAUCCAUCGUUUAAUACAUUUUUUAUUCUCUCUGACCUUUAAUCAUAAAGUGUUGGGGAUUGUAUGUGAUUUGCUUGUAAUUUUGGAUGAUUUUUUUUUUAAAAAAAUGUGUGUAUAUAUAUAUUAGUGAAUUAGAAAUAUCCUCCUUUCCUAUUGUCAACUGAAAUUCAGAGCAAUUCAUGAAAGCUUGGAUCUGGGUCUUAGUUUUGAUUGAUUAACCCCAAAGCUCAGUGCUAUGUAUCUGCUUGUGACACCUUGGACAGAGGGUGUCCUAUCACAGGGCCACUUCAGGGUGGGGGCCUUGGGAACGCUUCGAGUGGGGCACAGCGGUUACUCUAGAAAGGUUAUUGGUGAAUAGGUAGACUCUAAAUGGGAAUUCUCAGGUAGGACGUGGUGUUUUCAGAUGAGAGUUCAGAAUAAAUUGGAAAUGUGAAUUGCAACUGCAGGUUUUCCCCCAGCCACAGAGCCCCAGACCUGAGGUUCACUGUGGACAUGGGACAGCCUGGGCUGUGACCCAUCACCCAGUUUAGGGUGAAGGGAGGCUCUGGGUCCAGAGCUGCGUUUGAUCACAAAGCAUUGCUUUUCUCAACAAAGGCGAUGACGAAACCAACUUGCAGAUUCGUGGGCUUGCUCACUUCUUUCCAGAAGAGCAGUGUAGGUGAUUUGGUAAUCAUUGCUAGUGCAAAAGAUCAUCUUCAUAAAGGUUUAAAAUGAUCAUCCUGGGUGGAAUCCGGUGAGGUCAUGGGCAAAACUCAGUCACAUCUUUGAAGAGGACCAGUAUUUUCCUUAGCAGACAGAAAGUGAGGUGAGAAUUCCAAGAAUAUUUUAUUUGUAGAGCAUCUUGUGUCACCCUGGGCUUUGGGUGGCUGUAAAUUAGCACCAAGGGCUCCCUAAGGCAUCUGGGUCUGUGAAUGACAGAGGCCCCAUUGUGCAAACCUGGAAUCCGUCUUUUUCAGCAGACUCCAAGUACCCAGUUGCUCUGCCAUAAGUGUGUGGAUGUCUCGGGCUUAGGUGCUCUGUUUUAGAAAAGAUUUCCCUGGAACAAUGUGUUGGUCCCACUGACCUGUCACAAGCAGAUACAUAGGACACAGACCAGAUUCCUGUUUCCUCUAGUUCCUCCACGUAGCACUCCUCUUAUAGAGCCUAAAUCUCUUAUAAAUGCUUUGAAUACUGUGAAAAUGUUUUACAUUCCAUUUCAUUUGUGUGUGUUUUAUUUUUAACUGCAUUUUACCAGAUGUUUUGAUGUUAUCACUUAUGUUAAUAGUAAUUCCCGUAUGUGUUCAUUUUAUUUUCAUGCUUUUCCUGCCAUGUAUCAAUAUUCACUUGACUAAAAUCACUCAAUUAAUCA